AUGCCGCACGAUUUUAAGUUCCUGGCUCCGGAACCCAUAAACCUGGCGAUUAACGAGCCUACAUCUGACGACAGCCUGGUGCCGACCUUGCACUUUCAAAAUGUGACAGUGGGGGGCUGUACGAUAGUCAAUAGCCUAAACAACAAGUUUACAGUAUGGCAAGUGGAGCUCACCUUGGCGUCAAAUGGUCCUUCAGAACGGGGGAGUCCCAAGAUCAAUGUCUACAAGAGGUAUACAGAUUUCGUGGUGUUUCGAGAACGGCUAAUCAGAGAGCUCCCGCUUGUUUUGCGGGCUAAUGUGCCCGGACUGCCACCAAAAAUCUCCUGGUAUGACGCUUUGCGCUACGAGGAUGCCAAUUUUCAGAGCAGCUGGCUAGCACGGCGACGUGCAGGGCUAGAACUGUUUUUAAAUCAACUACUACUUAACGACAAGAUGUUAGAGGCAGCAGUAGAGCUGGUUAAACGGUUUCUAGAAAAGUAG